AUGUCGGAGCGGCGGCAGAGUAUCAGACGCACUGUAUGCUUGGACGAUGUCAGAGACAAAAUCCACGUCCAAGGGCUCUGCCAGGUCGAGCUAACAGCUGCUAUAAGGGCCCUCGCCUUCGAGCUGCGGGGGAGGCUGGGCAUCUGGGCCGCCCAGGCAUCUGAUGAGGUGUUGGCUAAAGUGGAAGACAGGCUGAAGCACAACGUCGUCACGCAGGCCUGGUCGACGAGCCGCGUCAUGUCGGGCCUGCAGCGUCAGCAGUGGGAUCUGUGUGGCAUCGUUUUGCAGUCUUCUUGA